AUGUCUGAUCCAAGCGCCGAGCUCCAAUCCACACUCCGCGACCUGGCCAUUGGCGAAAAAGGACCAGUGCAAGACAUCCCCCGACCAAUACCCAGCAAAACCACACCACCAAAAUCCGCCCCAUCAACCUCCAAGCCCAAAAAGCCCGCCGCAAAGCCCGUCGCAGACUCCUGGGAAGACGAGGCCAACCUCUCCUCCGACGACGAGCCCGGCUCCACCGCAGACACAGCCUCCCCCUCCGUCCUCUCGCCCGCACUCAGCGCCGAGGGCCCGCUAGACCCCCUCCAACGCCCAUCUCACUGCAGACGUCGUACACAACCUGCGUCCCCCGGUGCGGGGCCGAAGAAUCCGGCCCGGCGGCCGGAGAAGCAGACUGCCGUGGCGGGGAGGCUGAUUGCGGGGGCGUUGGGGAUUCGGGCGCCGAAGAGGACGGAGGAGCAGAGGGCUUAUGAUCGGUCUGUGAAGGAGCAGGAGAUUCGGCGGCGGAAUCGGGAGCGGGAGGAAUUGGCGAAGGCGAGGGAGGAAGAUGAGCGGGCGAAGGCGAAUGUUUGGACUGACUAG